AUGCCACCAGCCCCACCACCAGCCCCGCCGCCAGCCCCGCCACCAGCCCCGCCGCCAGCACCACCACCAGCACCACCAGCCCCACCACCAGCAGGCUUCGAAGAACUCAGAUUUAACUCCGACCUCACGCACAUCAACCUCCGCCGCACUCCGGCCAACGCGCUCUUCCGCCACGACCCCGGCUUCUACGCGCGCUCGCAAACUACCCUCGCCCUGGUUGAGCGCGCCCUCGCCAGCGUGCGCGCCUCCCACUCCGCCAACGAAUUCCUCCUCAACGAGUACUACCGCUACACCUACGACAUGCAGACCUCGCCACACCACGCGGCCUGGCGCGCCUGGAUCGACCCCCCGUGGACCGCGGGAACACGCGCUUUCCUCGACAUGCGGAGGGAUGCGGCGGUGCCGCUGGGGGCGGGGGUGCUGCUCGCGGCUAACAUUGAGGUGAGGGCGUGGCUGGCGACGGUGUUGGCGUAUCCGCCGGGGGAUGUGGAGUAUUUGCAGGCGUGGAGGAUGGCGACGUUGGCGGCGGGAUUGAAGGAUAGGGAGUUGGCGUUUGAGGUUGAGGUGUUGGCGGAGUUGGGGAAGGAGGAGACGGCGUUGUGGAGUAAUACGCAUGAUAUUAGGAUGGGGGAUGAGUAG